GCGCGAAUCCUGUUUGCCGUUUCGAUAGUUCUCUUUUACCCGUCCGUCUUUCUUUCUUUCUUUCUUUCUUUCAACUCCUGUUCUUCAGCGCUACGAAAAAAAUCGCGACAUUCCCUCCCGCCUUUACCAUCACCAUGCUUCAUCUGUAUCUCAGAGCUCCUCGCCUCUGCUUUCUCCGAUCUCCUCGCCGCCACCAUUUUCACCAUCACCAUCACCACCAUCGCUUCCUCUCUUCCUCUUCUUCUUCUUCCUCUUCCUCCGAACCCCCAACCGACCUCGACAAUCCCGAACAACUCCUUCCUCCUCCGCCGCCCAUUCUCCGCCAGCCGACCACUCUCUCUCCUCGCCCACCGCCCUCUCUCUCUAGAAACUCCGUCAUCGCCGUCUCCGCGGCGACCGCGGUCUCCGCUCUCGUCGCCGCCGUCGCGCUUCUCUCGUCCUCCGAUCACGACCAGAAAUCCGACCGCGGGACCUCCUCGAACCCUCUCUACGCCGGCGUCGAACAGGCGAUCCAGAAGUCCGGUGAGUCCUUCAAGAAGGUUUUCCACCACGUCAAGCAGACCGGCGUCGCCGCCUCCGUCCUCUGGCAGUCCCUCAGUUCGGUCCUCUCCUCGGCCAAUCACGAGGUUCGCUCCGGCUUCGGGCUUAGGGUUGCCGCGCUGCUUGCGGACAUUGCCGCGGCGAAUGAGAGCCGCAGGGCUGCCAUUGUUGGCGCCGGCGGAGGCGCCGUCGUCGAUUGGUUGCUCGAGUCGGUGGCCGUUCAACGGGAUGGAAACGGCACGCAGGCCGAGUCAGCCAGAGCGCUCGCCUACUUGAUCGCCGAUCCUAAUGUCUCCGCCGCCGUGCUAGGGAGGCCCGGCGCCGUUCCCAAACUUCUGAGGUUCAUUUUUUCGUGCCAGCCUCGGAGGUCCAAAAAGCACUCAAGACGUAGUUCACUCGAUAUUUCUGAUUCUUUGAAAGGCAGGAGCAUGCUUGUGGCCGCCAUCAUGGAUGUCGUCACAUCCAACUGUGAUAGUCUGGAAAACUUAGCUUUUAAGCCAUCUCUUCCUGGAAAUGCUGAAACAAGAGAUAUUGCAGCUGUCAUUGAAGUUAUUGAGGAAGGUGGCAUGCAUUUGGAGGAGUCACUUGGAGGCAAAGAUGAUGGAGACGGUGGAGGGGGAAUAAAAGGGAUUGGUAUUAAAGUUCUUGGGGGCACAACAGUUUUAGGCUUUUCAAGAACAACUGAACUGAUGGAGUUAAGGAGUUCAAGUCCUAGAAAUGUGGAAUCAGAUGAGAUUUAUACAAAAGGUCGUGUUUUGCAAAAUAAGCGUGACAAUUCCCUGGCACACACCAAAUUGGCUUCUGCUGUUGUUCCUGGGCUGUGGGAUGAUUUGCAUUGUGAACAUGUUGCCGUUCCUUUUGCUGCGUGGGCACUUGCUAAUUGGGCAAUGGCAUCAGAUGUCAACAGGUCACUCAUACAAGAAAUGGAUCAGGAUGGAAAAGCUGUAAUGACUGCUUUAACGGCGCCUGAGAGAUCUGUAAAAUGGCAUGGGAGUUUGGUGGCUAAGUUACUAUUAGCUGACGAAAAUAUACCCCUAAAUGAUUAUGUUUCUGACUGGUGUUCCAGUCUCCUUUCUACUGUUUCCCAGGCUAGUAAAAAUGAUGAUAUUCCUCUGGCUCAGGUUGCCUUGUCAGCAUUUUUGGUUUCUGUUGAGAGAAGCCCUAGAGCGCAGAAAACAGUGAUGGAGAAGGGUCUUCAUUUGAUGAGAGAAACUGCUAAGCGGACAACAAAGCAUAAACAUGUGCAAGAAGCAUUGGCGAAGGCAUUGGAAUUGAUGUGUAGUGCGGACUUGCAUUUUUCUCUUGAAGAGAGCCAAAAGUGGUCUGGCAUAUUGCUUUCUUGGGUUUUUGGAAAACAUUCAUCAGACAAUUUACAUUCUUCAGCUAUAAAAAUUCUUUCGUCCAUUCUUGAAGACCAUGGACCAUUUUCUAUUCCAAUCUCCCAAGGUUGGUUAGCUAUUCUGCUUUCUGAAGUUUUAGCUUCCAGCAAGGCAGCGUCAGUCAAAGGAAAUGUUCAGCCUAAAGCUGAUAAAGUGAAGACUCAAAUUGAUCAAUCAAACAUUCUUUCUGCGGGACAAGUUGUAAAUCAAUUGUCAGGAUCUGUUGUCAAUCUAGCAGGAAGUCAGCUGGGAACGGCCACAGACUCUAAUGAUGCAUUUCCAUAUGCCAAUCUUCUUUCCAUGGAACCUUUUGUGGGGCCAUCUAAAAAUCUGAAGAAAGAUAGUGUACCUAAGUUUGAUGUAGCAGAUUCUGCAAUGGCAACCCUGAAGGGGAUCAAAGCAUUAGCUGAACUUUCUUAUGAUGAUUCUUCGUGUCGGGAUAAAAUUACUGAUUGUGGGGUCCUAUGUUUACUGAGACGCCUUUUGCUAUGUGAUGACUUUGAAAAACUGGCUGCAAUAAAAGCAUAUGAUGCUUCCAAGAUCCUUGAAGCGCAAGAAAAGAAUGCAAAUGUCCCCAGUGAAUCAUCGGAGACAGAUAAUAAUGAUCAAUCUAGUGUCCGAGUUCCACCGACAGCUCACAUCCGAAGGCAUGCAGCGAGACUGUUGACUAUCCUCUCAUUGCUCCCAAAGGUCCAGAAAGUCAUUUUAGCCGAUGAAAAUUGGUGUACAUGGCUUGAGAGUUGUGCGAAUGGAAAGAUCCCAGGCUGCAGUGAUCUUAAAAUACAAAGUUAUGCGAGGGCAACGCUGUUAAAUAUAUUCUGUAAUCAAGAAAGUGAAGGGGACUCUGUAAAUGAUGACAUUCCUAAUUCUGGUGCUGCAAAUAAAAGAAAAACUUGUCCUCAUUAUAAUGACAUAAUUUUUUUGAUCAAUCCUCAACUACCCCACUGGAAGUGUCCUGAAAAAUGUGAUCAGGACAAUUUUCAAAAGGAGGAAUCUUCUUUAGCUGAGACCAUUGCUGUUGAUCACGAGGACGAACCUGUUACUAGACCCUCAAAUGAUGAUAACUUGUUUGGUUCAGACGCAUCUCAAAGCAGCUUAGGAAUGAGUGAGACUCCACUUUUUGAUGUUGUUUUUGUUCAUGGUCUUCGUGGUGGUCCUUAUAAGACAUGGCGCAUAGCUGAGGACAAGUCAUCAACUAAGUCUGGGUUAGUCGAAAAGAUUGAUCAGGAAGCAGGAAAGCUAGGAACAUUCUGGCCAGGUGAAUGGCUUUCUGCCGACUUCCCUCAAGCCCGCAUGUUCACACUUAAAUACAAGACAAAUCUCACUCAAUGGUCUGGAGCUAGCCUUCCUCUUCAGGAAGUCAGCUCCAUGUUAUUAGAAAAGCUUGUUGAUGCUGGGAUUGGUGACCGACCUGUUGUCUUUGUGACUCACAGCAUGGGAGGACUUGUUGUCAAGCAAAUGUUGUAUAAAGCAAAGACGGAGAAUGUUGAUAACCUUGUCAAAAACACCAUUGGAGUCGUGUUCUACAGCUGCCCACACUUUGGAAGCAAACUUGCAGACAUGCCUUGGAGAAUGGGCCUGGUUUUGCGCCCUGCCCCAAGUAUUGGAGAGCUAAGAAGUGGAUCUACAAGAUUAAUAGAGCUUAAUGACUUUACCCGUCAACUUCACAAGAAGGGGUUGCUUGAUGUUCUUAGUUUUUGUGAGACCAAAGUAACCCCGAUUGUCGAAGGCUAUGGAGGAUGGGCCUUUCGAAUGGAAAUAGUUCCAAUUGAAUCAGCGUAUCCUGGAUUUGGUGAACUUGUUGUCUUGGAGUCCACAGAUCAUAUAAAUUCUUGCAAACCACUCAGCCGUGCCGAUCCAUCGUACACCGAGACUUUGGAGUUCUUGAGAAAGCUCAAAGCCAAUACAUGAAGUGAAAUUUGCGCAACAAAUCGAUACAUUGGAAAAUGUUUCAAUCAUGUUCAUGGUGCAUCUGGAACUUAGUUCAACGAUGGUUUUUCUUGAUGCAAUGAGGCUCUAGGAGGUGCGCAUAAGCUGUAAAAUGGCGCAUCUUGGACACAACAGAAGUAUAUUUGUUGCAAAGUCAGGAGUACUAGAAUACUAACCUGAAAAAUAAUUUUUUUGAAAAAAAUAAUAACCUGAUGAGAUGAAUCUUGCCCAUUUUUCCUCCUAACAUCCACCCACAUGAUCUUAUAGUGAUAGAGACAAAGAAACAAUUUUUCUUCCAUUUUUCUAAAGGUUCUGUAAUUCUUCUGCUCGAGUUGUACAUAUACACCAAUAUUCUUUCCCCACUGAUGUUGUAUUUUGUAGAUAAAGCCUAAAGAGAAGAUAGAGAAUUAAGAUCAGAAUACAAGCACAUUGUAACGU